AUGUUCCCAGCUGGUCAAGCUUGCAAUCCCUUGCCUGCGGCGAUAAAAUCGCACCUACGAUGUCUCUCGCUUCUGCGGUGGCUUCCUUCCCACCUGCGCCUUCGCAGGUGCGGUUCCUGGCUCACUUCUGUGGUCACUGGCCUUCCCCUUGCUGGUCCGCUUCUGCGACCUCACACAUGCAGCUGGCCAAGCGCAGGAUGGUCUUGCAUUCCUAUUCAGAUCGAAACCAUGGUCACGUCGUUAUUUCAAUCGCUUGGUUGGGUUCAUAGUGGCUGUGCAAUUUCUUUAAUUGUAUGGCUACUCUAUGCCUUAGUGUUGACGUUGAAUAAUAGAGAAAAGGCUUCACUGGAAAUCAUUGGUGUAGCUUUUGAGAUUCUUUCACUUCUAUGCUUGCUAGUUCUUCUGUGGGCUUUCAUUAUCUUGAGGGUUUCUUAUGACGCUGAAACCAAAUCUUACAAUAGUAUGAUUGGUUCCGAAAUUAUGAAGCAUGAAGAAUUCUGGUUCACGGUGAGGCGCGUCCGAGUGAAGAUCACAGCACCAUCUGACCACGCUUCAGUAAUCAAAUUUGAUAGCGGAAUUAAAGCUGGAUUAUUUGGGAGGAUUAGCUCUUCGCCAUUCUCUGAAUGGCAUGCGUUCGGCACUAUUUUGGAAGGGAAGAAGGAGCAUAUGAGGUUGGCAGCCGCUGUUGGCGAUUUUAUAGAAUCACUACUCACAAAUCCUCUUAGCCAUUUGUGGGUUCGGCAAGUUCAUUUCACCGGCUGCCAAAUUUUAAUUAGAGGCCAUAUACUUUUUUUAUUAGUACGUAUACACAAUUAUAUGCAUCUAUUCUAA